GGCGGGUUGGGGAUCGGCGCCGCAUCCCCGCGGCCCGCAGCGCACCGGGGGGGGCUGAACGCGGCUGCCCGGGGCCGAGGGGGGGGAACGGCCGUGCCGGGCUUCGGGCGGCCCCGAAAGGGUUAAGGCGAGCGGCCGGACCUGCCCAGCCAGCCCGGCGGGUCGGCGGGCGGGCAGCGGCCGCCUCCAGCGCUCCCACCGGCACCGGGGGAUCGGCAGCGGCACGGCGGGGCCGAGUCCGCGUAGGCACUGGUGAGGCUGUGAGCGCCCGCAGACAGCGGGUCCUGGGCACGGCGCAAAGAUGACCACGUCGGCCCUGCGCCGGCAGGUGAAGAACAUCGUGCACAACUACUCAGAGGCGGAGAUCAAGGUGCGGGAGGCCACCUCCAAUGACCCCUGGGGCCCCCCCAGCUCCCUGAUGUCGGAGAUCGCGGACCUCACCUUCAACACGGUGGCCUUUGCUGAGGUCAUGGGUAUGAUCUGGCGACGGCUGAACGACAGCGGCAAGAACUGGCGGCACGUGUACAAAGCCCUCACCCUGCUGGACUACCUCAUCAAAACAGGCUCCGAGAAGGUGACCCACCAAUGCCGGGAGAACCUGUACACCAUCCAGACGCUGAAGGACUUCCAGUAUGUGGACCGUGACGGCAAGGACCAGGGCAUCAACAUCCGGGAGAAGGUGAAGCAGGUGAUGGCGCUGCUGAAGGACGAGGAGCGGCUGAAGCAGGAGCGGGCGCACGCGCUGCAGACGAAGGAGCGCAUGGCCCUGGAGGGGAUGGGCAGCGGCAGCCAUCAGUCCACCUACGGCCGCCAUGCAUCGCCUUACGGGGAUGACUAUGGCCGGACGCGGGGCUCACCUUCCUCCUUCAACUCUUCUUCCUCAUCCCCACGGUUCGCCUCCGACCUGGAGCAAGCGCGUCCCCAGACAACGGGUGAGGAGGAGCUGCAGCUGCAGCUCGCUCUGGCAAUGAGUCGGGAGGAGGCUGAGAAGAAGCCACUUCCUCCAAUUUCCAGUACAGAUGAAGAAAGGCAAUUGCAGCUAGCGCUCGCGCUGAGCAAAGAGGAGCAUGAGAAGGAGGUGAGGGCAUGGCAAGGGGAGAACUCCCUGCUGCAAAGAGCCUUGGAGGAGACUGCCCAAGGUGGGGAGGAAGAGGAGGAAGAGGAGAAGAUGAAGAAAAGCCAGUCCUCUAUCCUGGAGCUGGCAGAUAUAUUCGGGCCGGCCCCAGCUCCUUCCAGCCACACGUCUGUUGACCCAUGGGAUAUGCCAGAUAUGAAACCCAAAGCAGAGCCAGCAGCCUGGACUGGCACAGCAGACCCCUGGGUGCCAGUGCUAUCCAGCAGCGGGGAGGCUGUGCCCCAAGCAGGCACCACGUCCCAGCAAACCACUGCUGGGCCCUGGGAUUUCCCCCCUGCCUCUGCUGACCCAUGGGGGAAGGCACCCACCUUGUCCGGCUUCUCCCCUUCAGACCCUUGGACAGCCACGUCCCCACCGGCCCAGGGCUCCAGCACUACACCGGCCACUGACCCUUGGGCUGCUGUGGCUGAGCCUAACCCUGCUUCAGGGGGGGAUGCUUUCGACCUGUUUGCAAAGCAACCCGAGGCAGCCGAGCAGCCGGAGAUGGAGCAAUCACAGCCGCUCUCCUCGGUGAAGCCCGGCAGCCCCGCGGAGCCGGACCCUUUCGGCGACCUGUUCCCCGGCACCAAGCAGGACAAGAGCUUUGACCUCGCCAACCUGGCCGAGUCGCUGCCCGAAUCCAGCAAGGAGCGGAAGGACUGUAAAACCCCCGAGGCUUUCCUGGGCCCCGCCGCCUCCUCGCUGGUCAACCUGGACUCGCUGGUGGCUCCGCCGCAGGCCGCCAAGACGCGCAACCCGUUCCUGUCGGGGCUCAGCACGCCGUCCCCCACCAACCCGUUCAGCCUGGCCGAGCAGCCCAAGCCCACGCUCAACCAGAUGCGGACCGGCUCCCCGGUGCCCGUGCUGCCCGCCGCCCUGCCCGCCAACGCCAUGACCUACAGCGCGUCUCUGCCGCUGCCGCUCAGCAGCGUCCCCGCCGCCCUGCCCGCCUCCGCCAGUGCCUUCCCGCAGGCGGGGGCCGGCCCGUUCCCGGAGCUGCCCGGCGCUUUGCCGCAGCCUCUGCUGCCGCUGAGCGGCCCCCCGGCCCCGCAGGGAGGGCUCAACCCCUUCCUCUGAGGGCUGCGGGCCGGCACCGCGGAGCAGCUCCGCGCCCCUUCCCGGCCGUUCCCCCGCCGCUCCCUCCCCGCUCGCCCCGUCGGGGGCGGCCGGCAGCACGAACCGCCCGCAGGAGCCGCGCCCGGAGCGCUCCGUGGGCACCGGGACCGUCCGCUGUGCGCGCGGCGUCUGACUGCGGGGCGGACGGACGGACGGACGGACGGACAGACAGACAGACAGACAGACAGACGGCUGCCUCCUGUCCGCUCCCGUUCCCUGUUAACGCUCCGUUCCCUUCACGUGCUGCCCUCGCCCCGGGGCUCCCGGCCGGUUCGCGCUCUCCCCGCUCUGGAUGUUUCUCCGCUUGGGCGCCGUGUCUCCGCUCUCCAGCCCGGGUCAGCCCCAACCGCGUUGCCCUUCACGCUCCCCCGUGCCCCCCGGAUGCCGUGCAGGGCCGGGCGCUCCGCCCCACGGGGAGCACCGGGAGCAGCGCUCGGUGCUGCGGGCAGCGCUGCUCGGGGGGUGGCAGGAAAGGGUGGGGGGCGUCGCGUUGUGCUUCAGCGCGUGCAGCCGGCAGAGCCGCUCCGCGUCCGAACCGCUGCGGCCGUCCCGGCAACCGGGAGCCACGAACUGACCGCGACAAUAAAGAACUGGAACGGA